AUGACAUAUGAUUUAAAUAUACCAUGGCCUGUUGACAACUACAAUGCUAAACCCACAGAGGCUCAACAGACUAACUUGGUAAACACAAUAGUGACAAACUAUGCACUUGGUGUAACCCAUCAAGCUAUCAAUUUCACCGUCAAUGAAUCGGUAAAGAUACCCACGGGUAGUCUAGAUUUAAUCAAUCCUAUUCCCGUAAAGUCACUAUUGUCUAGACUCAGACCUGUAUGUCCCGAUCUCAAACUAUAUAGUCGAAUAACCUUGGUUGUUAGUGAUACUUCGAAAUUGCAAGGAUUGAGUAAAUUGCAAAGUUGUUUUGAUUUGAUUGCCAUGCAGCCAUUGAAUGAGAAGGCUUUGCAAAUGACUGUAAUGAAUGUUGAAUGUGACUUGAUCAGUUUUAACUUAUCAUCCAAAUUACCAUUUUUCCUCAAAUUCAAAACCAUUGGGAGUGGAAUCCAAAAGGGAAUCCGAUACGAAAUCAACUAUUCGCAUAUUGUCAGCGGAACAAAGGGCUAUGUCAAUGAUAACGUUAAUUCAAACUUGCUCAAGAAAAACUGGUUUAGUAAUGUCUUACAAUUGAUUAGAAGUUCGCGGUCUAAGGCGUUAGUUGUAUCUAGUGGUGCUCAAAACCCAUUACAAGUACGCAACGGCAAUGAUAUUCUAGUCUUAUUAAAGACUUUGGGACUUGAUAGCAGUAGAGCAAAAUCGUGUAUUACUAUGGAAUCUGAAAAUGCUCUUGUUAAUGGAAGGUUGCGUAUCAAGUCUCAUAAGCAAGCUAUAUCCAUUGGAGAUGAGAAGUUGGUCAAUAACGAUCACGAGGAUAGCGAGAAAAGGAAUAAUGCUCUGGGUUACAAGAGGAAAAUAUCUGAAACACCUAUAGGCAAGAUCUUGAAGAAAAGCAAAUACGUAUAA